UGAUUGAUAGGACGUACGGAUUCAAGACGCGGUUGGAUCAGAUCACCGGGUCAGUUCUUCUACAUGGCAUUACGAGUGUUUACGGUCAUUCUUGUGUUAGCUUCGGUACUCACAGUUUCGCAGGGUUCUUUACCGCAUACAACAUGCAAGAGGACGUACGACAAACUUGGUGGAUUCAAAGAAAAGRGUGGUCAUCGGGCAUUGAAAGUCAUGCUGCUUACUGACAGGGACAAGGACAGUGAUUUAAAUGAUGGUCACGUGAUCAARUGGGACGAAUGGAGUGAAUCAGUCCACAGCUUGGCAUGUAGAUGCGCUGCAAAAACAAGAGAAAAAGGUUGGAAGGUAUUUGGUAUUCAGUUCUUUGGAGAAUGCUGGAGCGGUCCAAACGCCCACAAYGAAUACAARAUACAYGGUCCUGGAAYCCCAACCUAUCAGUUCUUAAAKCCAGUGAAGCCUUGUAACAAGUCUCUGGAUCAUGAAUGUGUUGGAGGAGAGUUCGUUAAUUACGUCUAUCGCCUACAAGAUUUAGAUAUCGAUGGUGGCUACACCAAGUGGUCUGAUUGGUCCAGCUGCAGUAAAUCUUGUGGAGCCGGUAAAAAGUCACGUGAUCGCACCUGCACCAAUCCCACACCAUCGGGGAAUGGUCGAAACUGUCAACAUCUUGGUCCGAAAUCUGAAGACGUUUCUUGCAAUCCACAGCCUUGCCCAACCUCUUCAGUAAAUGUUGACGGUGGAUGGUCGGCGUGGUUACCAUGGUCCAAGUGCUCGGUGACGUGUGGAGGAGGAACCCAGGUUCGCUCCAGGAAGUGCACCAGUCCCAAGCCACAAGGAUUAGGUAAAAGUUGCCAGGGUGAUGCCCAGRAAUCACGUGCAUGUUUGGAAAAGCCUUGUCCGCCUCCAUGCAACAAUGCAAUGGAUGUCGGGAUUGUUCUGGAUGGCUCAGGAAGCGUCAGACAAGAAAACUUUGAAAAGGUCCUAAACUUCCUUGCAAAUCUAGUCUCCUAUUAUAAAGUUUCUCCAGGUGGCACCCACUUUGGUCUGAUUACAUACAGCACCAAUCCUACCAUGGAGUUUACUCUGGCUGAUAAGCAAUACCAUCAUCUGACGUCAUUAAAACAACGGCUUCAAUCUGUWAAGUACCCGGAUGGGCUCACUCAUACUGAUAGGGCGUUACUUUUGGCCGGACUUGCGUUGUAUACUCCAUAUGGUGGAGAUCGUCCCUCAAAAUCGAACGUACUGGUUGUAUUUACCGAUGGCAAAACAAGUGAUGAUAGCAGACCGUAUCCUGAAGUACUUAUGCCUUUGCAGGCAAAAGGUGUACGCACCAUUGCUGUUGGAAUUGGACCAGAGGUUGAUCACGACGAGCUUCUUGCAAUUGCAAUGGGUGACCCUAAUUAYGUGAUCCAUGCCACAAGUUUUGACUCACUGAAAGAUAAAUUAGACGCUAUCCGUGAUGAUUCUUGCAAAGUCAAUGCCCCUCCACCACCAACUCCUGAAUGCCAUAGAUACGAUCCACUGGGGAUGUCUAACGGUGGAAUAGCAGCUCACUCAAUCAAAGCGUCUAGUCAGCUAAACAAAUACARCGGUCCAGAGCUUGCUCGUUUGCACAUGAGACAGGUUGGGAAAAAUGCRGGCGCAUGGAGCUCAAAAUACAACGACAUGGAGCAGUGGCUGCAAGUGCAUUUCGAAAACGCUGUCAAGAUCAUUCGGUUUGCUACCCAAGGGAGAAAAGAGACGAACAACUUUAUAAAAUCGUUUUGGUUGUCGUACAGUCAAGAUGGUGAAUACUUCAUUCCUUACACUCACAAGGACACGAUUGUUGUCUUUGCAGGAAAUAAAGAUGGCUCCAGUGUGGUGGUAAACAAUCUACCAAAGCCAAUUUACACACGCUACAUAAGGUUGCAUCCAAUGUCUUGGUCAGGGCAUAUUUCAUUAAGAGCUGAAUUCUACGGUUGCCAAUCAGGGUUUAGUGCUCCUCCUGUCAAUCGCUGCCACAAACGUCUUGGAAUGGAAACAGGUGGCAUCCUCGACCACCACAUCAGCGCUUCAUCUCAGUUCAACAAAGAAUCAGGUCCUGUUAAUGGUCGUCUUUACCUUCACCCUUCUGUGGGCAAAGCGGGAGCAUGGCGCGCAAAGAUAGAUGACCUUCAUCAGUGGCUCGAAGUUGACCUUGGUCCAAUCACUAAGGUCAAUAUUAUCGCUACACAGGGUAGGCAAGAUGAAAACCAAUGGGUUGAGAGCUAUUCAGUAUCAUUUUCUUCAGAUGCAGUCUUCUGGGAAUAUUACAGGCAGAGAGAAAGAACAACAAUCUUCUCCGGAAACGUAAACAGAUAUUCAGUGGUAAACCAAGCUCUGAAACCUCCAAUCUAUGCACGACAUAUACGCAUUCAUCCCAAGAGAUGGCACGGAGCUAUCGCUAUGAGAAUGGAAUUCUAUGGAUGUCGCGUAGGUUUUGACGUACCGCCAGGACCAAAAUGCAUCGAUCCAUUAGGAAUGUCAACUGGUUUAAUCCCAAAUGCACACAUAACGGCUACAUCAUCGAAAAACCACCAAUCGAUGCCAUUCUUUUCGAGACUUCGCUUGCCAUCCGGUGCGUGGUCUCCUAAGACAAACGAUCUUGGCCAGUGGCUUCAAAUAAACAUAGGGAAAGUAUCAAAAGUUACUCGAGUGGCAACUCAAGGAUCGUUCAGAGCUGACAACUGGGUAAAGUCAUACAACAUUGAAUACAGCUUGGAUGGCGGCCAUUUUGAUACAUAUUGGCGAACACUUGAAGGAAACCAUGACAGAACAAGUAUAUCAGGACAUGUUCUUCACCCAAGUGUAUUUGCACAAUACAUUCGAAUCCGACCUAAGUCAUGGCAUGGUGCAAUUGCUCUUAGACUUGAGUUAUAUGGAUGCAGAGAAGGUUUUACUGCUCCACUUCCUAAGACAUGCAUGGAAUCGCUUGGAAUCGAGGGUGGUAAGACGAGUGAUUCACAGCUAAGCGCUUCUUCUCAGCUUAGUGCGUCAACUGGACCAUCCCAAGGAAGGCUUCAUCUUCAUGCGAAAUCAGGAAUGUCAGGCGGAUGGGUUGCCAAGACAACAAAGGAUCAAUGGUUUGGUGUUGAUUUUUAUGACACUGUUAAAGUUACGCGCAUGUCGAUUCAAGGGCGUCAGGACGCUGACCAGUGGGUUACCAGUUUUAUUCUCAAGUACAGCAGUGAUGGAUAUUUGUACGAGACGUACAAGAUUAAGGGAAAAGAGAAGUUGUUUUAUGGAAACAAAGAUCGCUACACCGUUGUUAGUCACGUGCUAAAUCCAGCAAUCAUUGCACGAUAUUUCCGUAUCUUCCCAAAAUCCUGGCAUAAUGGUAUUGCACUGAGAAUGGAUUACUACGGGUGUAAAUCAGAUUUCAUCCAGCCUACCAAGCCACAAUGCACCAAACCCGUCGGCAUUGCAAACCGAGAGAUCCUGGACUCGGCAUUAAAAGCCUCGUCCUCUUGGAAUUCCGCUAGCACCGGUCCACAAUGGGGACGGCUUAACUCGGUACCACAGGGAUCCCACGGAGGUGCUUGGGUAGCAAGGACCAAUGAUAAUAAGCAAUGGAUGCAAGUCGACCUUGGCGGUUUGAGCAAAGUUACUCGUUGUGCAACCCAAGGACGUCAAAAUGCCGAUGAAUGGGUGACAAGGUAUACAGCUCAAUACAGCAAAGACGGUAAAACAUUUGUAACGUAUCAGAACUUUGGCGUAGAUAAGGAAUUCAAUGGUAACAGUGAUAGAAGUACAGUGGUUGUCAAUGCUUUUGAUCCUCCAAUUGAAAAUGCACGUUACAUCCGGGUACUGCCGCAGAAAUGGCACAAUCACAUCGCUUUGAGAAUGGAGCUGUUUGCAUGCAAAGGAGCUCCAGUCAUUCCAACCAAUGGCCCAUCAUGUUCUGCCCUUGACCUUGGCAUCGCUAUCGAUUGUUCGGGAGGUGUUCAGCUCCAAGACUUCCAGAAGGUCCAAAAGUUCUUGCGUCGACUUGUAGACAAACUACAGUUGUCACUCGCAGGAAAUAGAAUGGGUAUCAUCUGUUUUAACGACUAUACUAUGCCCAUGGUCAACUUUGCCGAUACAGGUUCUCAGGAAACAGGUCGAAUGAAAACUAUUAUUUCUCAUGUUCCCUACAUGUUUGGUGGUUCCCGUCCUGACAAAGCUCUAGCUUUUGUUGAUAGUUACUUCUUCUCUCGUGCUGGUGGGGAUCGUCCUGACAAAGCGAACGUUCUUCUCGUUUUGACGGAUGGAAAGAAAAGUCCCAAUACUGCACCGUUUCCUCUGGUUCUCGCACCACUACUGCGCAAGAAAGUCAAAAUAAUAGCAGUAGGAAUCGGUCAACAACCUGUCAAUUCCGAGCUGCUUGCAAUCGCAGGCCAACACAAGGACCGAGUCGUGCACAUGAGCAACUAUAACAAGCUUUACAGUCUUCUUGGGAACGUAGCACAUGGAUCAUGCACGCCACCAACACUUGCUCCACCGUCACGUUGUAAAAGCGGUUGGAUUGAAUACAAGUCUCAUUGCUACUUCUUCGAUCACACUGGUAGCACCAGCAGCUGGUAUGAUGCACGAGGGAAGUGCUAUAGGCUGGCGCACGGUGGUCACGUGGUAGACAUCAGGGACACCAGUGAAUGGAUGUUCGUGAGAAGCCAUCUCCAGAGCGGGAAACACUACUUCAUUGGGAUGAGAGAUGAGCCUCUUGAAUCGUGGUGGAUGUGGCAGGAUGGAACAUUAGCAAGGUUCUUCAAGUGGGCACCUGGGGAGCCUAAUGGUGGGUCACGUGAGAACUGUGCUGUCAUGUCAUCCUCUGGUUCUUACAGUGACUCUCCAUGUAACGCUAAACACGGCAACUAUAUUUGCAAGGCCAAAGUACCAUCCCCUUGAGGGAUCAAGUCAUCACUUGGAAAAUUUGCAAAUGUUGCAAAAAAUGAAAUAAAAUUUCUUUGAAAAA